AUGGAGACUUCUCUGAGGUAUUCUACAAAUUCGAGGUCUCUGAAAAUCCAUGCUAAGGAGAAGCUCCCGGUGAACUCCAAGACUCGUUUUCAGCUUCAUGGAGAGCUAGAUACAGGAGCUGGAGCGCCAAGUUACUUCUGUGCGAUGAUAAGGCACUUUUUUCAUGAGGCUUCAACAAACCUUGGAGUAGGGUUGCAUUAUGACAAACGUGAGAAGCUUCGGUGUCUUGUACGUGGGAAAAAGAAGUUCCCUGUGAGAACUGAUGAGCUUGUCACCUUCAAUAUCAAAGGACGAUGCGACAUUGACCAAGACUUCGCUCAGAGGAACCCGAAAGGAGCUGCUGAAUUUGAUUGGAACAUAUGGAAGUUUCAGAAAGAUCAGGAUUUACGCCUCAGAGUUGGCUACGAAAUGUUUGAAAAGAUGCCUUAUUUGCAGAUCAGAGAAAACAAUUGGACUCUCAAUGCAAACUUGAAAGGAAAAUGGAACGUUAGGUUUGAUCUGUAA